AAUUCUCGUACAGCUCAUCCGCCCGAAUUUGUACUGAUAACCGCGGUAGCUCACUUGAUAAAGAUUGUCUUCUUUUUUUGGCCAACAAUCCGACUGUCCUCAUCUUGUCACGAACGCGUCCCAUUCCGUUCGGCGAUAACAACGAUGUCGAUGCGCACUUGUAAGAUGUCUCAAGUGGUGAUGAUCGCUAUAGCUGUACUGUUGGCGCAGUUUACCGCUGGCUUGUGUAGUGAAGAGACGCGCUCCGAAAUGGCCGACGUACAGAAAGCGUUUACCGAGCAUGAAGUCGUUCCGGAUGUGGUGGACGCCGCUCCGACGGAGUUGGCGAAGGUGAGCUACCCCAGCGGAGUAUCGGCCAACGGAGGCAACGAGCUGACGCCAACGCAGGUCAAAGAACAGCCCCGGAUCGAGUGGACCGUUGACGAUCCCAGCUCGUACUACACGCUGUUCAUGGUUGACCCGGACGCACCGAACCGAGCCGAGCCCAAGUUCCGCUCGGUUUGCCACUGGUUCGUGGGAAACAUUCCCGGAACGCGCAUCGCCGAAGGUGACCACCGGAUUGCGUUCGUCGGAUCGGGUCCUCCGCAGGGAUCGGGACUCCAUCGGUACAUCUUUCUGGUGUACAAGCAACCCGCGGGAAAGCUGGACCUCUCGGACGCGCCGCGGACUUCGAACCGCAGCCGGAACAACCGGUUGAACUUCCAGCACAAGUCCUUUGUCGAGCGUUACGGGCUGGGACCGCUGGUGGCCGGCAACUUUUACCGGGCCCAGUUUGACGAUUACGUUCCGACGCUGCACGCACAGCUGUCGUCGGGGACGGAGUGAAGAUCUUUUUUUUUGUUUGCUGUAUUUGGAGUGGAUGAUAAGAGAUUCGAAUAAAGUGUGUUGGAGAGAGAUGGA